GCAAAGUGUUUGAUGGCAUCACGACUGAUACCCGAGUCUGUACCUGGAUGGCCGGGACCGGGGCUGAUGACCAGUUGUGUUGGCUUCUUGGCAAUGAGCUCUUCAAGAGUGAUCUGGUCGUUUCUGAAGACGGUCACUUUGGCGCCCUCCAGAACAAGAUACUGAUAGACAUUCCAGGUAAAGGAGUCGUAGUUGUCGAUGAGGAUUAGGUUGGACGCCGUUGGAACGAGGGGAGACGGAUCGGGAUGGUGGGGUGAGUGAUCGAUAAUGGCAGGCAUUUUGAUUUGUUUUUGGCCCCGAACUCGGCAGCUGAGGCUGGUACAAGGGACGUCAGACUUUUGGGUUCUCAGGGGGUGUAUAGUCUUUCUCAAAGACUCUGGAAGGCUCUGGCGACGAUGGUAUCAAGUGUCUUGAAAAAUCACUCUGGACUUCUGGACAUUCACUUCAAUUCACGGCAGCUUUCGGAAAAGGCCCCGAUGGACCAUAAAGGCAAUGGUCCGUGCGUUUAUGGAUUCCAAAACAAACGCUAAGCCAGGCACAGGGCCCCAGCUUAUCGAUUAGAAGCUGGGAAGCACUGGUGGACCCCCUUGGCUGAAAAAUAGCGGGCUGCGUUGGGUUGGCAAUCGCUGGAAGAUCCAUGAUAUGGGAGCUCUGCAAUUGCAGCCCGCGUCUGAGCUGCCAACUGCAGAAGCGCGUCCAAAGUAAAUUCUACUUUUUGCGAUCCUGAAACCAAACAAACCACCACUUGCCGAUAGCUCCACCACCAACACCACCGACCAUCUCCUCUGUCGGCUCAUCAUCGCGAAUACUUGGACCACGCUCGGGGCAUCGCAUAUUGCUGGUCAUUGGUGGCAGAGUCGACAAACGAAUGGAGAGCAGCACCAAUGGCUGCCCCAACUGACAAAACAUACUUCCCCCCCCUCGAGGACUGCUUGAAGGGCAGGGCUCCUCUUCUCUCAUGGAGACUUGUCGCAUCCGCCCUCGAAGAUUCGAAUAGCGACCGACUGACCAGCACUGCCGUAUCGGAUUUUCUUCGAGAUGGCUUCGUCCAUCAGCUAUUAAAAGAGCCCACCAAGCCAUUUAGUCCCCCAACAAACCAGUCCAAGCUCGAUUUCCAAACCAGGACGGGCGCCAUUAAUGUUGUACCAUCACCAAAGGACCCCUACGACCUGAAGCAGAUCAAGGAGGACGCAACAUGGCUAAGCAAGAAUGCGAAUGUCAACGAGGUGGCUGCGCUGCGCAUUGUGGUGGUGGAAUAUCAGUCGCGCGCCCACAGCCAUCUUACCGGACCCUUCUCAACACAGGAUGCCGCCAACAUUCGGGAAGCUGCCGGUGUCAGCGAUGCCCAGGCCUCGAGCUUCCUUUCUAGUCUCAACGUGGUGGCAGUGGUGGAUGCCGAAGCAAACUGGGCCGAGUUCGAAAGCGAGACGAAACGUCGCCAGCGCCUUAUCACGACGUUUCUAACCGAAAGACGGUCUUUCUUCGCCUCGGCUGAUGCCUUUACAACCUUUUUGCUACAUUCGCGACCCGGUAAUAGAACGCCAGCGGCAGACGAGUUACGGCAGGACAUUAUGAAGACUGCCUUCAACUGGGAUGACCGCGACUUCCAAGUUGCCGACCCAUCGCUCCUCAAAGCCAUAGCACCCACCUAUUUUGCAGUUCUUCCCGAGUUGGUCGAGGAGGUGGAAAAGGGUCCACGGGAGCUCGAGAAGACGGUCUUGACCUCCCAGAUCGAGUUGGAUUGGAGUCGGACAUCCAUCACCGAAGUUAUCCACGCCAUGUCGGUGGCAUUUCAGAUCAUGGAUCUUGAAGGCCCACAAUUCCAUUCUCCGGAACUUGUUGCGCAAUGGUUUACCCUCAUGGAUAACUACCGAUUCCUGGAGCCCAUCAUGCCGAUUCUUGAACAACAUGAUAUGCUUGCCGAGCUGGUCCUCCCUGUUCGGAGCUUAAUGACUGUCAUUUCACUCAAGUUUCUCAAUAUCGACCGUGCGCUUUUGUACCUGUCGCCCCCAGAUGAUGUCGAUCGGAGUGAGGUGCUGGUGGAUGGUGAAGAGCCCUACCUCAACUCGGCCGAGCUUCUAAAACAAAUCCAUGACAUCCUCCAAGCGGCUACCAGCGUUGGUGUACCAAUGGCUGUUCCGCUUGCCUUUGCGUGGUCCUUGAUCAUUCACCAGAUGCACGUCGGCUACCAGGAUAGAGCCGAGCGGAGGGAUUUGAUCAACAACCAAAGGGCCAGAGGCACGUUCGAAUCAGAGGCCAUCGCACCUCCUACACCGCCAGAAGGGCGACAGCGACGAAAUUCCGGCGGAAGUUUGAUCUCGAUCGAGCAAUCGCCCUACGACGCCUUUCUGGAAGUUGCAAACCUGGAGCGAGACAUGCAAGUGGCCGAAACAAUGGCCAUGGUGGCUACCUCGAGGGGCCAUGUCUACAAUAUCAUCAGCGAGAUGAUUAGCUGUCUGGGCUAUGGCGAGACGGCUGCUUUUCGACCGAUGAUUGGUGCUCGUUCACGCGUGGUGUUUGAAGACCUCUUGAAGCGGACUUUCCACGUUGUGGGCUACCAGACUGAGCCUGUUGCAUGUCUGCUGUAUCUGUUGUCUGGCAGCAAAUCAUACUGGGACAUCUCUUCAGAUGUCCCCAACUCGGCCGCGCUAGACAUAUACACUCAGAUGCUCACAGACCCGCUCUUGAGAACACAGUACACCGAACAGUCGCACAAUAGAUACCCAUACGAAUUCAUUCCCUUCACCGAGAUAUGUCGAUCGUUGUUGGCAGCUCUGGUGUCCGACAAGCAGAGCUCGGAGCAGAUAGUCGGAUGGCUUUACAGAACACCAAGUCUGACCAUCGAGUGGAAUCCCGUGUGGGAUCGAUCAUAUCAUCUGGUGAAUGAAGAUGAAAAUACGAAUUCAUUCUGCGUGGAUGAGGACAUCGACCUGUUUAGCGCACGAUCCUUCAGGAAAGUCGCGCCUCAAGAAAAAUUCACCAUUCCGAGCGGAACAUACGGCCGGUUCGUCACCGAUGUUGGCAGAGUAGCCAAGCUCGAGUUUGAACACUCGGCUCUGGCGCUGCUUGGGAAACGCCUCGAGGUAUACCUGUCGGACGGGGCGUGGGACAGCGGGUUAGGGCAACUUACCACGGACGACCUUGCGGAAGCGAUAUCCCUCCUGGCUGUCGUGUUGCGGACAGAAGUUCUCAGGAGCACGGGUAGAUCACCCAAACCAAACACAGAAAGCGCCAUCAAGGUUCUUCAAGAAACCAGCAGCAGCCUCCCGCGUAACAACGACAUCAUCAAAGUCGUGUGUGGGAUCCUGAAUGGCUUGAUUGAAGAGGAUCCUACUCAGCUGGAUGCCGGCAAGUUCAAGGUGAUGACGGCCUCCCUCCAGUUCCUCCAUGCGUUGCUACCAGUGGUCCCCGGCCGGGUUUGGUCAUACAUGUCCAACUGUGGUCUCAUCAGCAGCGAGGGGCGGUCCGGUCGACUCUCCAGAAUCACCGGCAACCUGGACAUGUACGCCGAGCGGGUAGACUUCCUGCAGUCCGCUGUGAAGCUGUUCUCCAGCUUGGUGGAAAACGCAAUGUCGAGUGCUGCGCAGCGGAAGACGGCGGCAAGCCCCAAUGCCCGCGUCAGAAUUGACGAGAACCCAUGGGCCGGCAUGUCGGAGAAGAUUCUGUCUCAAGUGUGCCUUGCGAUAGCCCAGACCGCUGUAGACAUCUUUGAAAACUCAGCGACAUGGAGAUUCGAGUCAGAGGUGGGCGAAAGCAUUGUGAUCACAGAGGUGGUGAACAUCAUGACCAGCCUGCUCUUCUACACAUAUAGCAUGGGUUCGCCGGAAUCGCCCAAGAACUUGACAAGCUGCCUGUUGGAGGCUUCUCGGUACAUCAUUGAAGGCUUUUUGGCUCCCGCGUCCAGCUCGCUUCGAUUCCAACCACUGUUGACCUCGCUCCUGGCCGCCUUCAAAAUCACCGACUCGACACUCUACCCUUAUCGAUCCCGUAUUGUAUCGGAAAGACUCACGGGGGUGGUCUCGUUUGCCACCAUUAUCCUGAGAGUUGCUAGCUACCUGGACCACCCCACGGCCGCCAUCCAAACACAGCUAUUCAAGUGCGCCGCCCUUGUUGCUAGACUUCCAGCCAUCAAGCACUCCUUCAAGAUGCCUGUCAUAGCACUGCUGAGCGCACUGGUCGAAAAUGCCGGCAAGGGUUCCGGUGAACCGCCAUCAUUGCUUGGCUACCUUGGCCCGCAAGUGUCUCACUCGUUCAUUCAGAUUGCCUCCCAGUUGGACAAGCCCUUUGACAGGAUACCCGAGGUGGUGAGGACCUGGAACUUCUUUUCCAUCAUCCUACGCAACCGGCAACAGUGGAUGGCGAACUGUCUUCUCACCGGCAAGACCCCUCGCCAGGCUCUCAAGGGUGACGCAAAGAUGGCAGAGAUCUCACCAGACUCGGUACUGUCCACAGCGUUGGAGAAGCUUCGGUCUAUUGCCACGCAGCCUAGCCAGGAAGCCCUCGCCAUUCUGGACUUUUUCACGUCGGCACAGAACUACUGGGCUUGGACCAUCUUUGCCAUGCAAAAGGAUAAGUCCUUUUUGGGUAGCCUGCGGUCCUAUGUCAAGAACCUCAAAGCUCCCGAGCUCGUCUUUAAGAACGACCCGGCCGAGGCGGGUUACCAAGCCAGGAUAGCAGCUUACAUUGCCGAGACCUUUGCAAUGCAGCUUUACCACUUGCGGCAGAUGCGGCAGGCGCAGGACUUUGCCACCAAGAUUGUGGAAGACCUCGACUAUUUCCUUAGGCAUGGUGUUCAGGUAGCGGAUUAUAAUGUCUCGCUACACUCUAACUUUGCAAAGAAUUUCAGUCAGAGGUAUCCAGGUCUUGAGUUGGAUGACUUUAAGAGGACCGUCCUGGUACCCAAGAAUCUUGGAGCACAGUACUAUUAUGGCAUGGAUUUCGCUGAAAAGAUGCUCGGAUAUGAUGCGGGUUGGGCGGGAGCCGGGUCUAAGAAGAAUGGUUUCCGGACAGAGAUGGAGAAGGCCAAUCUCAACCUGUCGCUUGUGGAAGCCGAGGUGGCCCUCUUCCAUGCUUGGGAGUAUCUCAUUCUCGAACUCAGCAGUUGCUUGUUGCCAAAGAGCGGCAUCAUUUCGAGGCAAAUGAUUCAGGUGGCAGAGCAGUGCCUGGAGGCCAACCAAAGACCUUCAGCUCCGGACCACAUCUUUGUCCGACUUGCCGAGUCGAGAGCUAACUUGACCCUGACGCUGCUGAAGCGUUUGGCUGAUUGCUCACAGCUACCCAAGGACUUUACCCAGCUCCUGACUCUGGUUGCCACAACCAUCAAUGUGGUCGACAACCCUUUUGCCACAGAAAACAUUACCUACUUCCGCACACUCCUGAGGAUACUCUUCGUCACGCUCCGCGGAACCAAGCUCUCUUCCAAUGCACCCGCUCCCGCAAAGGCGGGCCCCGAGACCUCGGUAGCGGCCACGCAGUUGGUGAUCACCAUUCUCGACCGUGUAGUGGCUCAGUCUUUCCGUGCAUUGGCUGGUCUUGUCCACGAGCCUGGCUCCCCUACUGAGCCUGACGACAUGGCUUUGGUGACUGGCAUCCUCCAGGCUUGUCUCGCCGUCCCCGGCCUCGACCAAUGCCAGGGGCAGAUCAUCACCAUCAUGUCCAACCACAACAUCUUCCAAGUCGCCACCUCACUGUUCAGCUGGUCCGACAAGCUCGUCGGUCGCAACGGCGACCCAGUCUACGGCGAGAUCUCCUUGCUGUUCCUCCUCGAACUCUCGUCCCUCCCCCAGAUCGCCGAACAGCUUGCCGUCAACGGCAUCCUGGGUCACAUCACCUCGGCCAACAUUGCCGGCUUCCUCCGCAGGAAGAACAUCACCCCCUUUACGGAAUCAGUCAACAAGAUGCGUUGCUACUCGAUCUGGUCUCGUGCCCUUCUGCCAAUGCUAAUCAACAUCCUCGGCGCCUUGGGUCCUACCAUCGCGCCCGAGGUAGCCUUUGUGUUGAACCAGUUCCCGAACUUGCUUGAAUCCUCUAUCGAGAGGCUCGCAGCCCCUGGAAUGGACAGAACAACCCCCACCAUGUCCUUUGGCUCAGAAGACAGCACCAGAACCCACCCUUUUUACAUUACCCUGGCGACGAUGAACGAGAUUCACUCUUUGAGUCUGCUGGCGAAGGUGUUGGGGGCGUUGAGGGAGAACAACACGAGGGAUAUACCCGAGGUGACGGGGUGGGACUCGGGAAAGGUGCUGGAGCAUGUCGAGUUUUGGCUGCAGAGUAGAAAGGUGCUGAGGGAGAGGUUGCUGCCGCUGACGGAGAGGGAGAGGGAGUGGUGGGGGAUGAAGACCAGGGAGGGCGCAGGGGGGGGGGAUUGUCAGACUGUGCUGGAGGAGAAGGUUGUUGGGGUUUUGGAGGGGGUGAGGGAUGUUUUGAUGGCUGGGGAGGAGGGGGAGGAGUAA